AUGCCAAACAACCCCUCUCUCUCUCUCUCUCUCUCUCUCUCUCUCUCUCCCCCGUGGGUUUUGAUAGUAAAACAGGUUCUUGGGUUAUCCGGAGAAACUUGUAACGCGGAAGACGACGGUACUAAGUGUACCUCUUCCUGCGGCAAUAUCCACAACAUAAGCUAUCCUUUCCGACUAAAACAUGAUCCAAAGCAUUGCGGCAAUGUAAAGUAUACUCUGUCCUGUGAGAACAACAUUACACUUGUAGACACACCUCAUUUAGGAAAAUACUAUGUCCAGGCAAUCAACUACCACAAUCAAACAAUCCGAGUAGUAGAUCCUGGCCUCCAGAAAAACAAUUGCUCCUCCAUGCCUCAAAAUUUUCCACCAUCCUUAACAUCAAAUUUUCCAUAUUAUGUAUUGGAAAGGCUUUCGACACCUGUAUUUUACAUCCAGUGUUCGAAUCCAGUGAAUUCUUCUCUGUACGUGGACACUGCUCCAUGCUUGAAUAUAAAUGCUUCUUCUUUGAUCCGACAAAAGACGUACAGUUAUGUGAAGGUUGGGGUUAUGGAAGCGGGGGAUUUGUAUGAGGGUUGCAGUGCAGAGUGGGUGGCUUUGGCGCUCUCCAACUACUCUGACUACAAUACCUCUUAUGAAUCCAUAUACAGUGCCCUCAUGUAUGGCUUUGACCUUGGAGUUCUUUGGCCUUAUGAAAUAUGCAAAGGCCAAUGGAGUGUAAAUUAUAAAUGUUUUCCACACACCAUCCCAGGUUUCUUUCGAUUUCUAUGGGCGAAUAUUUACGAGUCUUUAUUUUCUAGGUACAGCGUGGACGUUGAUCAUCCUGGAUGGUAUUUUCCGUUCAGAACCAACAGACUUAUAUGGUUGAUACUCAUUUGCUUCGGCUUAUUUUUUCCAGCAAGACUAAUUUUUGGGGUUCCAUGUCUGAUUGCGUUCGUGAUCUAUAUAUGGCGAAGAAGACAUUUGUCGAGUUAUAGCAUCAUAGAAGAUUUUCUACAAAGUGAUAUCAACUUUUUGCCAAUAAGGUACUCUUACUCAGAAAUUAAAAAGAUGACCAGUAAAUUUAAGAAGAAGUUAGGUGAAGGUGGUUAUGGCUCUGUAUUCAAAGGGAAGUUGCGUAGUGGCCGUUUUGUAGCAAUUAAACUCUUGGGCAAGGCCAAAGGUAACGGGCAAGACUUCACAAGUGAGGUAGCUACCAUUGGAAGGAUUCACCAUGUUAAUGUGGUGCAACUUGUUGGUUAUUGCGUUGAGGGAUUAAAUCGUGCUCUAGUAUAUGACUUCAUGCCAAAUGGCUCUCUUGAUAAAUAUAUUUAUUCCAAAGAGGAAAGCAUGCCCUUAAGUUGCAUGAAAAUGUACGAGAUUUCUCUCGGAGUGGCUCGAGGGAUUGAAUAUCUGCAUCAAGGUUGUGACAUGCAAAUUCUACAUUUUGAUAUUAAGCCUCAUAACAUUCUUCUUGAUGAGAACUUUAACCCUAAGAUUUCUGACUUUGGGCUUGCGAAAUUAUAUCCCAUAGAUAAUAGCAUUGUCUCUUUGACGGCAGCAAGGGGAACAAUGGGCUAUAUUGCUCCUGAGUUGUUCUACAAAAAUAUUGGAGGUGUCUCGUACAAAGCCGAUGUCUAUAGUUUUGGAAUGUUGCUUAUGGAAAUGGCAAGUAGAAGGAAGAAUUGGAGUACAAUGGUAGAGCAUUCAAACCAAAUCUACUUCCCAUUAUGGGCGUACGAUCAAUAUAACAAGGGAAAUGACUUGGAGAUGAGAGAUGUUAACGAGGAGGAAAAGAAAGUAAUAAAAAAGAUGGUUAUAACUGCAUUGUGGUGUAUUCAAAUGAAGCCAAGUGAUCGCCCUUCGAGUGCAGUCAUUUAUUGUUAA